AGUCUGAAGCGAGCGAGCGAGCGCAGGCCUUGUUGCUGUGGCGGCGGCAGCAGCAGCAGCCUCCGGGCGAUUGUGACGCCGCUGCAGGCACGGAAGUCCGGGCAGCCGGGCGUUGUGGCUCCUAGUCCCGUGGGAGGCUGGGCCGGCAGCGCGGCAGGGAUGAGGAGAGCGAGGCGGCUGGUGCUGCUCCUGCUGGGCCUGGCGUCCGUUUGCGGCGCCUUCUACUUGCCCGGCUUGGCCCCUGUCAGCUUCUGCGAGCCCUCCGAAGUCGGCCGGGAGGACUCCGAAGGCUGCAAGUCACAAAUUGAGUUGUUUGUGAACAGACUGGACUCUGUGGAAUCAGUCCUACCGUAUGAAUAUGACGCUUUUGAUUUUUGUCAAGAUGCAACUGAGAAAAGACCUUCUGAAAACCUGGGACAAGUCUUGUUUGGAGAGAGAAUCGCUUCAUCCCCCUACAAGUUUAUCUUCAACAAACCAGAAACAUGCAAGAAGGUCUGCAUGAAAUCUUAUGACCCAGAGAAGGCUGAAGAUGUAAGCAAGCUGGCAUUUUUGAAGAAAGGGAUGCAGUUAAAUUACCAGCACCAUUGGAUUAUUGAUAAUAUGCCGGUAACCUGGUGUUAUGAUGUAGAAGACAGACAGAAAUAUUGUAAUCCAGGAUUUCCAAUUGGGUGUUUUGUUACUGCAGCUGGCCGGGUUAAAGAUGCCUGUGUCAUGAGUGCUGACUUCAACAAGAAGAAUACGUUCUACCUCUUCAACCAUGUUGAUAUUACUAUCAUGUAUCACAGUGGAAAGGAGGAGAACUGGCCUGGAGCUCGACUAGUUGCAGCAAGGCUGGAGCCCAGAAGUUACAAACACACAGAUAAAAAUGACUUAACCUGUGAUGGCCCCCCAAUGGAAAUCCCUGGAGUUUUUUCUGAGAAGCUGGAUCUGAUCUACACUUACUCUGUGAAAUUUAUAGAAAAUGACAGCAUUAAGUGGGCUUCGAGAUGGGACUACAUCUUGGAAUCCAUGCCUCAUACCAAUAUUCAAUGGUUUAGUAUAAUGAAUUCUCUUGUGAUAGUUCUGUUCUUAUCUGGAAUGGUGGCCAUGAUCCUUCUGAGGACGCUUCAUAAAGAUAUUGCAAGAUACAACCAAAUGGACUCUUCUGAGGAUGCCCAGGAGGAAUUUGGGUGGAAGCUGGUCCACGGAGACGUGUUCAGGCCUCCCAGGAAGGGCAUGCUGCUGUCUGUCUUCUUGGGCCAGGGGACGCAGAUUUUCAUAAUGACGUUUAUUACACUGUUCUUUGCCUGCCUUGGAUGUCUUUCGCCUGCUAACAGAGGCGCUUUGAUGACCUGUGCUGUUGUGCUCUGGGUUUUGUUGGGGACUCCUGCAGGUUACGUUUCUGCUCGCAUGUACAAAACAUUCAAAGGUGAAAAAUGGAAGACGAAUGUGUUGUUGACUGCUCUGUUGUGCCCUGGAGUUGUUUUUGCUGAUUUCUUCAUCAUGAAUCUUAUCCUUUGGGUGAAAGGGUCGUCAGCUGCUAUCCCAUUUGGCACACUAGUUGCUAUCCUGGCCAUGUGGUUUGGAAUAUCCGUCCCAUUAACUUUUGUUGGUGCAUACUUUGGAUUCAAGGAGAAGCCAAUUGAACAUCCCGUGCGUACAAACCAGAUUCCUCGACAAAUCCCAGAGCAGUCCUUUUUCACGAAACCUCUUCCGGGUAUCAUCAUGGGUGGCAUCUUGCCCUUUGGAUGUAUCUUUAUCCAGCUCUUUUUCAUUCUGAACAGCAUUUGGUCCCAUCAAAUGUACUACAUGUUUGGCUUCUUGUUCUUGGUGUUCAUCAUUCUCCUGAUCACCUGCUCAGAGGCCACGGUCUUGCUGUGCUAUUUUCAUCUAUGUGCGGAGGAUUAUCACUGGUGGUGGAGGUCAUUCUUAACCAGCAGCUUCACAGCCGUUUAUCUCUUCAUCUAUGCAGUUCAUUAUUUCUUCUCAAAACUUCAGAUCACAGGAGCUGCCAGCACUAUUUUAUAUUUUGGAUAUACCAUGAUCAUGGUUCUGAUUUUCUUCCUUUUCACCGGGACAAUUGGAUUCUUCACCUGCUUUUGGUUCGUUAGUAAGAUUUACAGCGUUGUGAAAGUGGAUUGAAGAGUGUGCCCUUGAACAUAUCUCUUGCGCUGCUGGAUAUUUUUUAACCAUGUCUUGAGAAUAAACUAUCACAUCUUUAAAAUAGUUAGAAAUACAGAGUUUGCAGGCUUUAAAUGGAGCAGGGCUGAAGAAACGUCAGAUAGUUCCGAAGAACUUGAAUUGCUUUCUACAAAUGGCGCAUCCAAAGUCUUUCUUUUUUAAUGUGAAGCUGAAAGAGCAACUCCCGUUUGAACAACAGAUGACAAUGUACUUGACACAUUUUUUUUUCCCAUCUGAAGUUUAUUGUGACUUGGUAACUUCUCUUUUUAUACCAUUACUUGAUUAUUCUGUCACAGUAUAGGACCGUCCUGUAAAAUCUAAUGUUAAAAUGUGACUUUUUAACAUAUGAAAAGUACAACUAUACAUAAUACGCUACAUCCUCUUUGCAGGUAGCCCAUCACCUUAAACAAAUGUGCAAGCGUUUAGUGUUGUGCAGGUUCUGAAAAAUACCAACCUCUUUUUUAAAAUAAAAGUACACAUUUCCAGCUUGGUUGGUGUUUGAUUAUUUCACGGGUUGGCAGCUACCAUAAAACAGCAAAUGUAUUUUGUUUGCUCAACUACCAGAGGGCCAUUGGAAAUGGUCGAAGAGUUGUGGUCAAGAACUCGAUCAUUGGUUCCUCCAAUUGGAUUCCCUUUUCUGAACAUUUCUUCUACCUUUUACUAAGCUAUAUUUCUUUGGCUACUGCACUGAUCCUGCUGUGAUCCAUGAUGAUGAAGUCCCAAACAGAGAAGAGUUCUGUAAGGGUUUAUUCAGACUGGCUAAAGGAACAGGAUGGCAGUUCAGGCUUGUUGGAAACUCAGGGCAGUGUGCCUGGGAACAGACAGAAAUCAGGAGAAGAGCCCUAAAGAACCAGCACUCUCUGCCCAUGUUGGCUGACCAAGUGUCUUCCAGAAGCCCACAAUCAGGACAUGAAGGCAAUAGCCCUAACCUCCUAUGGUCCCACAGCGGUUGUUGUUCAAGGGCUGUAUGAUAUGUAAUCGUGAAGGUUCUGUUAAACCAUCAUGACUCAUAACCAUGGAUAGAAUGUAUUCCUCCCUGAAUUUGCCUAGGUCCCUUGGCAUGAUGGAAAGUUCAUUGCAAAGUUCAUUGUGGGUUUCAGCUCUGUGGUUUGUGGCAGUGAAAAAGUCAAAUACAUAUGUUGGAAAUUUAUUCAGGAAAUGGUUUAUAAAUAAAAAAGCAUGUAUCUUAA